UCCUCUCUCCCUUCCGCGACCUUCUCUAUGCCCUCGCUGUUCGAUCAAAUCCCUCAGCCAAACCUCUACGCUUGGAACAUCCUCAUCCGCCCCGACGCCUCCUCCCCAUUUACCCCAGCCCCGCUCUCCCUCGCCCUCUUCUCCCGCCUCCUCCUCACCACCACCCACCUUCCCGACAAUUUCACCUUCCCCUUCGCCAUCAGAGCUGCCUCCGUCCUCCCUGCCCCCCGCUUCGGGGCUGCUCUCCAUGCCAUGGUCUUCAAGUCCCCUCCCCAUUCCUCCGACGUCUUCGUUCUUAAUUCCCUCGUCCACUUCUACGCCUCCUGCGCCGACCUUAACCUCUCCUUCCGUGUCUUCAGCAGCAUCCCACACAAGGAUGUCGUUUCUUGGAACUCCAUCAUCACAGCUUUCUCACAGGGAGGUCGAUGUGACGAAGCGCUGGAGCUGUUCCGGCAGAUGAAGGAUACUGCUCACGUCAGACCUAACGAUGUCACUAUGGUCAGCGUCCUUUCUGCUUGCGCCAUGAGGGGAGACCUCGACUUUGGGAGAUGGCUGCAUUCCUACAUCAGGGCUAAUGAUAUUUCUGACAGCUUGAUACUCAACAACGCAAUUCUCGACAUGUAUGUUAAAUGUGGGAGCUUGCAGGAUGCCAAGUUGUUGUUUGAUCAGAUGGUUGAUCGCGAUUCCAUCACAUGGACAACAUUGCUUGUUGGAUAUGCAAAGUCGGGAGAAUUUGAUGUUUCCAGGAGGCUUUUUAAUGAGAUUCCUAGCCGUGACAUUGCCUGUUGGAACGCCCUCAUCUCAGGCUACGAACAGAAUGACAGACCGAAGGAUGCCUUGGCCCUGUUCAGUGAAUUGAAAGAUGCUGAUGAGAGGCCUGAUCAGGUCACUCUGGUUGCUGCGCUCUCAGCAUGUGCACAGUUGGGUGCAAUAGAUACUGGCUGUUGGAUCCAUGCAUUCAUUAGGAAGAACAACUUCCAUCUGAAUUUUCAUCUGACGACCUCCCUUAUCGACAUGUAUUCCAAGUGUGGAGAGCUUGAGAAGGCAGUUCAAGUGUUUGAAUCCGUUGACGAGAGAGAUGUGUUUGUAUGGAGUGCCAUGAUUGGAGGGUUUGCAAUGUACGGAAGAGGAAGAGAUGCUCUGGGUCUCUUCCUGCAAAUGCAACAGGCAGGGGUGAAACCCAACAAAGUAACAUUUACUAACAUCCUGUGCGCAUGUAGUCAUGCGGGGUUGGUUGAAGAAGGCAGAUCCUACUUUAGCAAGAUGCUUGCUGUGUACGGGAUUGCGCCUGAUGUUGAGCACUAUGGGUGCAUGGUUGACAUCCUUGGCAGGGCCGGCCUUUUAGAUGAAGCCAGGGACCUGAUAGAGAACAUGCCGAUGCCAUCCCCUGCUUCGGCAUGGGGAGCAUUGCUUGGAUCUUGUGUGGUUCAUAAAGAUGUACAACUGGGUGAGCUUGCAUGCAAACGCCUCCUUGAGCUGGAGCCGGCAAACGACGGAGCUUAUAUCCUUUUGUCUAAUCUGUACGCCAAAUCAGGGAAAUGGGACUCUGUUGCAAGGUUAAGAAAGCUGAUGAAGGAUAGAGGGCUGAAGAAAGAACCCGGCUGCAGCUCAAUCCAAGUACACGGUGUCCUGUAUGAGUUUCUAGUGGGAGACGUCUCUCACCCUCAAUCCAGACAGAUAUACCUGAAGUUGGAGGAGAUUAUGAAAAGAUUAAAAACAUUUGGUUAUGUGCCGAACAAGACACAACUUUUGCAGAAUAUCGAGGAUGAGCACGUCAAGGAACAGGCACUAUACCUGCAUAGUGAAAAGUUGGCUAUUGCUUUCGGGCUUAUCAGUACGAGUGAUCGUGUGCCGAUUCGAAUUGCGAAGAAUAUGCGGAUCUGUGAAGACUGUCACUCUGUUGCCAAACUUGUAUCCAAAAUUUACAACCGCGAGAUAUUUUUAAGAGACCGAUAUAGGUUUCAUCAUUUCAAAGGCGGACGCUGUUCAUGCGUGGACUAUUGGUGAAAUAGUGAUCGAGUUCCCCCCUGGAUUGGGAAAGCUUUUGUAGUCGCCUGGUAGCACGUGUGGGCUAACUUAGAAAUGUCAAUUGACUAUUAUGAGAGAACUGAAAUGGAACUGAUCCCUUAUCAGCAAGUACAAGCAGCGGUGUCUUCUGAGAAUGCCACGACGCACAGGUAACAUUGUUUCCCUUGAAAGGGACAUCCGCCGGAAUACGCUUUGAAAGCUAUCGACCCUCGUCAGGGGCGGAUCCAGGAUUUUAGUUCUGGGGGGGCCGCGUACAAAAGAUAGAUAAAAAAUUUUCUUAAUGUAAUUUUAUUCACAAGAGAUAUACCACAACCCACAUAAAACGAGUAGAAUAGCCAACAUCAAUAUCUCCAAAAUAUUUCAAAAGAGGAAGAUAAAUAUUAUAUAGAAAAUAGUCAAAUAAGCAUCAUCUAUUUUUUUAUAACUAAAAUUUCUCUAACUAAAAGCAAUUCGACGUUCCUUAAAAUUUUCAAAGCCUUCAAUGAUAGCAUCAAUGCUCAGACUUUUAGCAAUUUCUCUUUCAAUAAACACCAUUAAUGCGUCGGAGAGGAAAGCAUCCUCCAUUUUGCUUCGAAGUCUAGUCUUGACGAUAUUCAUAGCUGAGAAUGAUCGUUCUGCAGUAGCGGUAGAAACUGGAAGAGUAAGCACAAGUACGAUCACUCUAGAAAUGAGGUCGUAUGUAGCAGAUUUAUUAG